AUGAGUGGAGAAGUCGUACCGAUCAACACCAAGACCUACGUUACCGGCAUUCGAUCAACCCCUGACGGCAACAGCUUCUGCGGCGGCAAUCUCAUCUCCCCUACUCAUGUCCUCACUGCCUCACACUGCGUGAUCUACGAUAUGCGCUGGGUCUCAGUUGGGAGUCAUUACCGCAACGGCUCACUGGACGGCGAACAAAUUCGGGUCGUGUCAGUCAUGAACCACCCAAACUACUCGGAGAACGUCCGGUUCGCUGAUGAUUUCUUGGUACUCGAGCUCGAGCGACCCAGCAAGUUCAAGCCCGUAAAACUUGCUGCACCGGACGACUCCGACUUCAAAGCGGGACAAUGGGCUGUAACGAUGGGCUGGGGGGCAGAUGCGGAGGUCAAUGGCACCCAUUCCUACAAGCUGCAGCGUGUAGAUCUUCAACUUGUGAGCGAUGAGGCGUGUGCUGCUAAUGCUACCAUCGACUCUAGUAUGGUGUGCGCAGGUGGCGUUCUCAACCACGACUCCUGCUUUGGAGACUCCGGUGGACCUCUCAUCCUAGAAGGGUCGGGUAUGACAGAGGACGUUCUCAUAGGACUGGUGAGCUGGAGCAAGGACGACACAUGUGGACGAGAUAGCUAUCCUAGCGUCUACUCUCGAAUUUCCAAUGCCCGAAUGUGGAUUGAUUCCAUUACGGGUGGUAACGGUACUUGUAUGGCCUUGUAA